UGGCGGACCGAGAAGGGUACAUGGGGGUACAACUGUACCCCCGAAUCCUCUGUAUAAGUCUUCCUCUCUCCAUGCUCCUCCCCUCUCUCCCCUUCCACUGCAGUAUACUAGACCGAUGAAGUUCUAUAGGUUCUUCUGGGUCUUCGCAUCUGCUCGCAUCUGUUUCGCCUCUACUCGCCUAUAUUCUCGACAGAUGGGUCCCAUACUAGUUCUGCGAACUACGACCAAAGAUGCAUAUGGACGGCGGGUAACGGCAGUCGACAAGGCGACGCCUCUGCACUUUACUUGAAUUUCUUUGAUUGUGGUCAUUAUUUUCGGGGGUUUUGAUUGAUUUUUGGAGUUGUGCGUGGAUUGUGAUAUGAUAUCCACAAUUUUUAGAAUUUUGGUUGUUAGGAUGAAAUUUCUGGAUUUUUGGUUUCUUUUUGGGAAGAUAAGGAAUUAGGCAACAAGGGAGGUUGGAUUUUCCCUUGCCGCCCUCACCAUCAAACCCCAUAAUACUUGCUUAAAACCUGAAGAGAGUCGAGCGCGUGAUUUAUUAUCAACCCGUCUGUCUGAGAGUUAAGCUGCAACAACAAAACCUCCGGCAGAUCGCUCAUCAUCAUCAUCAUUUCUCAUGGCUCCAGCAGCGAAGCCCAUCACUAGUCCUGUUCCUCCAUCGCUGUAUCCAACCCUAGCUUUUUUUCUCCUCGUCUUUGGCCUCAUUGUUACCGCUUCAUUCUUUAUCUAUGAGGCAACUUCUUCUCGGAAGAACCGGAGUCUUGCUAGAGAACUGAUCACUGGAGCAGUUGCUUCUGUUUUCAUGGGCUUUGGAUCCUUAUUUUUGCUCCUGUCAACUGGUGUUUAUGUCUGAUUAUUAGUGCGGACUCUUAUCUGUUAGCUAUAGAGUAAUACUUGAAGUUACCUUGCUUUUACAAUGUCCAGUUCUUCCAUCUUCUGAAUCAUGAAUUAUAAUCAUGGACCUUGUCAAUGUUUUUGUUUUCAAUCGAUUGUGCACAUUAAUCAUUUAUGGUGCACUAUUAUGAGAAAUUGCACUUGGCGAUAA